AUGAUAACUGUCAACAUUGGAGGCAAUCUGGUUUAUGGAAUUCAUGCUCAUGUUAAUGCAGUACAAAGAAUAUUUUUGUGGUCUGAGAUGGAAAUGAUAAGUGAUUUAAACCUACCUUGGAUUGCUAUUGGAGACUUCAAUGCCAUCACAACAGCAGAGGAAAAAGUUGGAGGAAGGCCUGCUAAUAUAAGAAACAUGCUUGAAUGCAAUACAUGUCUAGACAAGUGUGAAUUACAGCAAGCUCCUAAAUCUGGAUGUGAAUUUACUUGGUCAAAUUGCCAACAUGGCAAUAAAAGGAUUUUAUGCAAUUUGGAGAGAGCAGUAUUUAAUAAUUUGUGGCUUCAAAAACAUGAAGGGUGGGGAUAUAAAGUUGGAAUGAGAAUAGCAUCUGAUCAUGCUCCACUUUUGGGGGGAUGUGCUAGCUGUCCUAAGCCAAAAAAUGUUCCACAAAAAUUUCAAAAGAUCUGGAUUGAUCAUCCUAAUUUCAUGGAGGUUGUCACUAAUUUGUUGGUGUUUAGCAAUGUCAAUGAAAAAAUUAAAGAAGCUGCAAAAGAGGUUCAAAAUUCCAUGAAGAUUUUAGAUGCCAAUCCUCAUAAUAAAGAGCUCUUAGAUAACUUAGUGAAAGAAAAAAACAUUUUGAACUCAAAAGAAGUGCAAUUAAGCACAAUGAUGAAGUUGAAAGCUAGAACUAAGUGGUCAAAGAAGGAUCAAAGUAAAAUAGCAGAAACUUUCAUUAACUAUUUUGAGGAAAAAUUUAAGUUUAAGGAAGUGGAAAUUUCAGAAUCUUUACUUAAAGCAAUUCCUACAUCAAUAACAGAACAUGAUCAAGCCAUGUUAGAUGCAAUUCCAACUUCUGAAGAAAUUAAGCAAGUUAUAUUUGAAAUAGAUCCAGAAAGUUCUCCAGGGCCAGAUGGUUUCUCUGGCAGUUUCUAA